AUGUGGAAGAUGAACGGGUGGCAGCGACAGAGCCAAAAUCAGAGCCGGAACCUGAGGGGAGAGUGUUCCAGAAGGAAGUGUAUCUUCAUACAUCACCACACCUGAAAGCAGACCUGAUCCAACUGCAGAGAUGGCAGCUGAGUCAUUGCCUUUCUCCUUUGGGACACUGUCCAGCUGGGGGCUGGAAGCCUGGUAUGAGGACCUGCAAGAGGUUCUGUCCUCAGAUGAAAAUGGGGGUACCUAUGUCUCACCACCUGGAAAUGAAGAGGAAGAAUCAACAAAAACCUUUACUACUCUUGACGCUGCCUCUCUGGGUUGGCUGACUGAGGAGCCAGGAGCAGCAGAAGUCACAGGCACUUCCCAGAGCCCUCACUCUCCAGAUUCCAGUCAGAGCUCCCUGGCUCAGGAGGAAGAGGAAGACCAAAGAACCAGGAAACGGAAACAGAGUGGCCAUUCCCUAACCCGGGCUGGAAAGCAGCGCAUGAAGGAGCGAGAACAGGAGAAUGAGAGGAAAGUGGCACAGCUAGCUGAAGAGAAUGAACGGCUCAAGCAGGAAAUUGAGCGCCUGACCAGGGAAGUAGAGGCGACUCGCCGAGCUUUGAUGGACAGAAUGGUUAAUCUGCACCAACCAUGAAUGACUGGGACCAUCACACUCACACACACACACGCAGGCCACACUACUACCUUUCCCAGAAGUGGCUCCUGACCACCUUCUCACUAGUGCCAAUAAUGUGACCCUCAACCCCACAUAUUCAGAGGGUAGGCUUAGGACAGACAAAAGGAGAGGGUCUCCCCUUGUAUAUAGAGUGUACAUUUAUUUAUUACUAUCUCUAUCCAUUAAAUGAUUUUCUAUGA